AUGAGAACCCGCAGUAAUUCAGGGGUUCGCUUGGAUUAUUAUCAAAGAGUAGUGCAUAAGUUAAUUUUAGAUCACCAGCAACCUGUAACAGGAUUAUUUCCUGCAAGUGCUCAUAAUGAUCAUGCUUGGAUUAGAGACAACCUAUAUUGUAUAUUGGCAGUGUGGGGUUUAUCAAUGGCCUUCAAGAAAAUUGCAGAUCAAGAUGAGGACCGUGCUAAAACAUACGAGUUGGAGCAAAGUUGCGUAAAACUUAUGAGAGGUCUCUUGAUGGCUAUGAUGCAACAAAAGGAUAAAGUUGAGAAAUUUAAAAUUACACAGCAUCCAAUGGAUUCACUUCAUGCCAAAUAUUCAUCAAUAACUGGCAGUACAGUUGUUAAAGAUAAUGAGUGGGGACACUUGCAAAUAGAUGCCAUCUCAUUAUACCUCCUUAUUCUUGCUCAGAUGACUGCAUCUGGCUUGCAAAUUGUUUUUUCACUAGAUGAAGUAGCUUUCAUACAAAAUUUGGUUUUUUACAUUGAAUCAGCUUAUUGCACCCCUGAUUAUGGUAUUUGGGAGAGAGGUGACAAAACUAAUCAUGGGUUACCAGAACUCAAUGCAAGUUCAAUUGGUAUGGCUAAAGCGGCCCUUGAGGCUAUGAAUGAGUUGGAUCUUUUUGGUGCACGUGGAGGACCUUCAAGUGUAAUUCAUGUUUUGGCAGAUGAAGCUCAGAAAUGUCAAGCUGUUUUACAAUCAAUGCUGCCAAGGGAAUCAAAUAGCAAAGAAUUAGAUUCUGGCCUUCUCUCAAUCAUAAGUUUUCCAGCAUUUGCUGUAGAUGAUCCACAGCUAAUAGCAAAAACUAGAGAUACAAUAGUCACAAAACUUCAAGGAAAGUAUGGUUUUAAAAGAUUUUUAAGAGAUGGUCACAAAACACCUCGAGAAAAUCCAAACAGGCUCUAUUACGAGCCAUGGGAGUUAAGAAUGUUUGAAAAUAUUGAAUGUGAGUGGCCAUUAUUCUUUUGCUAUCUAAUACUUGAUUCCUGCUUUCAAGGCGAUAAAACCAAUGUUGCAGAGUAUAUGCAAAAAUUAGAAAAGGUAAUGAUUAGGAAAGACGAUGGAAUAAAGCUUGUUCCUGAGUUGUAUUCUGUGCCAGUGGAUAAGGCUGAUGCUGAGCAACAUGAGCCCGGAAGUCAGGAAAGAAUACCACUUGGCAGGUGUCCUUUUAUAUGGGGCCAGUCAUUGUAUAUUCUUGGGAAAUUAUUGCAAGAGGGUUUUUUAGCAGUAGGUGAACUUGAUCCUCUUAAUAGAAGACUGUGUUCGGAGAAAAAGCCAGAUGUGGUGGUUCAAAUUGCUAUACUUGCUGAAAACAAUGAUAUUAGAGACAAAUUGUUAGAAUAUGACUUACAUGUUCAAACAAUAAGUGAAGUAGCUCCAAUAGAAGUUCAACCAGCUAGAGUUUUAAGUCAUCUUUAUACAUAUUUGGGUCGAAACAAAAAGUUAGGUUUAUCGGGAAGAAAAUCACGAGAUGUUGGAAUACUAAGUACAAGCAAGUUGUAUUCUUUGAAUGAUCGCAUUUUUGCCUUUACUCCACAGUUUUCUGAUAUGAAGCGUUUCUACAUUGCUUCUGACUUUGAACUGAUGGUUGAUACACUCAAAGCUGAAAUUAAUUUCUUGAAGUCUUCUUGGCAAAACCUACUUGGGAGACCGCUUGUUGUCUUGACUUUGAAUCAAAUGCAUUUAGACCAAGGUAAAAUUCCAAUGGCCAUGAUAACGACUAUGAAAAAGUUAAAAUCUGGAUACAUUAACGGCACUAGAGUGAUGUUGGGCAACCUCGGCGACUUCUUAAGCACUUCGGCCAUAACAAAUUUAAGCUUUUUGGGCAGUCAAGAGGAAGGUUACCCCGAUAAACUAAACCCACAAGUUCAAAGUUAUUUGGAGGAGCACCUGUUGAAAUCGCUCAGCAAUAAACUGAGCUUCCUCUCGCGGCCGACCGGCGCUCCGAACGCGAAAAUUCUACGUCGCCGAAUGUCUGUGAAAGGCGCUAUUAAAAAGACGCGUUGCAUCAAUGUUGAUUCGGACACAUUAGGAAUGGAAGGAGAACAUGUUGGCCCACAUCUUGAGAGAAAACCCUCCUGGCUGGAAGUGGACCCGAUAUUGGGCCGUAGUCCAUCGCCCGAGGACGCUAAAAAGAAAGUUAUAACCAAAGGUACAUCCACAACUUCUUUGGGUAUUGUGACGCCUACAAUCGAAGUGACAAAAGAACAAACACCGCCACCACCGAAGGGCACAGGUAUUGUAAAUAAAAGCACACCAUCGGUAGGGCGCAACAGGACAACAUCCGAGUCGCAGAACCUCUUGUACGCCGAGCAGGAAACCGACGAACUGAUCGUAAUGCUUCGUGAAACUGAGAAUUUGGACGAACAAGGCGACAUAUUGCAGUAUUUAGUGGACACGCAGGGGCUUGACUUUAAUACAGGUAUGCUAGAAAAUGGUAAGCCGGUAACAGUGAAGGACCUGCUCAAAGCACUAUACGAGAAGGCAUGCACUCAGAAGCUGUGGGGUCUUGUGCGGCACUCCGCUGGUAUGCUGGGGAAACGCGUGGAGGAUCUGGCGAAGGCUGUUACGGACUUGCUGGUGCGGCAGAAGCAGAUCACGGUGGGCAUGCCGCCCAACAACGAACACACCAUCACCGCCCCAUUGCCAGAGAAUGAGCUGCGACAGCUGAUUCAUCUGGCUUACGGCGACGACGAAAGUACAGCGAUGUUAACUCAAGAGCUUCUCGUGUACCUCGCCAUGUUCAUACGAACCGAGCCACAGCUGUUUUUAGAGAUGCUACGACUCCGCGUUGGACUUAUUAUACAGGUAAUGGCAUCAGAGUUGUCACGCACAUUGUCUUGCAAUGGCGAAGAGGCUUCCGAACAUUUAUUAAAUUUAUCCCCAUUCGAGAUGAAGAAUCUACUAUACCACAUUCUUAGUGGAAAGGAGUUCGCGAUCAACAGCGUUGGCCGUGGAAACUUCUCCAUAGUGAGCAAUAAAUCAAAUCGUUAUGGAAAGAAAUCACAGAUAAUUCUGGAAGGGCAGUCACUUCAAAGCGGGAUUGACGAUACACAAAUAGAGCAAGACCGACAAGGGCAGUGGUUACGAAGGCGCCGUCUCGAUGGAGCACUGAAUCGCGUCCCCAGAGACUUUUACUCUCGCGUUUGGGGAGUUUUAGAGAAGUGCCAUGGCCUCGUCAUCCAAGGCAAAGUCCUUCAGCGGAAUUUGACACAAGAGAUGACACCAGGAGAGUUGAAAUUCGCUCUCGCCGUGGAAACGGUCCUUAAUUCAAUCCCUCAACCGGAAUACAGGCAAUUAGUGGUCGAAGCGCUUAUGGUGUUAACUUUAGUGGUUGAAUACAAGGCCGUGAACAAUUUGGGUGGAAUGAUCACCGUGGAACACUUGGUCCAGAACGCGAAUCAAAUAUUCUUGGAAGAUCAGAUGGUGUGCUCUGGCGACGCAACGCUGUGCUGCGCGAAGGCUGACGGUGCGGGGGGUGCGCUAGUGUGCGGUGGAGCGGCGGGCGUGUGCCAGCUUCUGUACGACAGCGCGCCCAGCGGCAGCUACGGCACCAUGACCUACCUGGCGCGCGCCGUCGCCGCGCUGCUGGCGCAGAGCAUGCCGCACGACUCGCCCAUCGAGUGCACCAUCAGCUAG